AUGAUUGAUAUUUGCUGUGUUUUUGAUUUGCAGGUAAUGACUGGGAAGAAUCAGACCACAGUUACAUAUUUUGUUCUCCUUGGGUUUCCAAACCUCCACAGUCUCAGUAUAUUACUUUUCCUCCUAUUUCUUCUUCUAUUCUUCUUAACGGUCGCUGGGAAUCUCCUGAUCAUUUUCUCUGUGUUCAUCAGUCACAAUCUUCACUCUCCUAUGUACUUCUUUCUCAGCCAUUUGUCCUCCUGUGACGUACUGCUCACCACAGCAAUUGUCCCUUUGAUGCUCAGGGUUAUCAUCGCAGAAGGCGAAUCAAUAUCAUUUUUGGGAUGCAUUACUCAGUUUUACGUUUUUGGUGCCCUAGCAACUACAGAAUGCCUGCUCCUUUCAGUCAUGUCAUAUGACCGAUACAUGGCUAUAUGCCAACCUCUGCGUUAUGCCUUUCUAAUGGAUUCCCGUAGGUGCUACAACCUGGUCUUCUGGUCAUGGUUUACAGCCUUCAUGGUCAUGUUGAAUACAGCCAUACAAAUGUGCAGGUUGCAGUUCUGUGGCCCUAACGUCAUCAAUCAUUUUUUUUGUGAUCUUAACCCUCUUCUUCAACUUGCAUGUUCCGACACAUCCUUUGUUGAGAUACAGAACUUAAUAACCGGCGGUCCUGCUACUUUCCUGCCCCUAUUGUUUAUCUGCGGCACAUACAUCUACAUAUUUAUCACUAUACUACGGAUUCCGUCAGCAACUGGCAGGCAGAAAGCCUUCUACACCUGCAGUUCUCACCUCACAGUUGUCAUCUUAUAUUACGGCACUCUGAUUGUCGCUUAUCUCCUCCUAUCGAAAGAGAACUCUUUAAAUAUUAAUAAACUUCUCUCCUUGUUAUACACAGUGGGGACUCCUUUAAUAAACCCUCUGAUUUAUAGCUUGAGGAACAAAGAGAUCAAAUCUGCUCUACUCAAACUAGUCUACAGAAAAACCAUGGGACUAUCAUAG